UGGUGAGUGAAGCGGCGGAGUGGGCAUGCGCAGUGGGCCGGCCUGGGCUAUGAGCGGUGAGUGAAGCGGCGGCGGACGAUGAAGUGCUUGUCGGUUCUUCUCAGCGCCAUCAACAGAAGGACCAUGAAGCUGAUGAUCGUGCUCGCACUGCUCUCCUACGUCGUCUCUUUAUGGGGAAACUUUGUCACAAUGAGAUCUCUGCAAGAAGAAAGUGAACAAAAAAUUGAGAGAAAAAUAGAGGAGGCCUUGAUACCCUUGAAGGAAAAAAUGAGAGAAAUUGAAACAAGGUUUUAUGUUUCCAACAGUAUGUCACAGAAGUAUCCACCCGUAAAAUUCCUUUCUGAAAAGGAUCGUAAAAGAAUUCUAAUAACUGGAGGUGCUGGAUUUGUUGGCUCCCAUCUUGCUGAUAAACUCAUGAUGGAUGGCCAUGAAAUAACUGUUGUAGACAACUUUUUCACGGGGCGGAAAAGGAACGUCGAACAUUGGAUUGGUCAUGAAAACUUUGAAUUAAUCAACCAUGAUGUGGUAGAACCUUUAUAUAUUGAAGUGGAUCAGAUCUAUCACCUGGCUUCACCAGCAUCUCCUCCAAAUUAUAUGUAUAAUCCAAUCAAGACAUUGAAGACCAAUACAAUUGGGACAUUAAACAUGUUGGGCCUGGCAAAACGUGUCGGUGCACGCCUCCUAUUGGCUUCUACAUCUGAGGUAUAUGGAGAUCCAGAGGUUCAUCCGCAACGUGAAGAUUAUUGGGGUCAUGUAAACCCUAUUGGACCAAGAGCCUGUUAUGAUGAGGGCAAAAGAGUAGCUGAAACUAUGUGUUAUGCUUACAUGAAGCAGGAAGGAGUUGAAGUUCGGGUUGCCCGAAUCUUCAACACAUAUGGACCUCGCAUGCAUAUGAAUGAUGGCAGAGUAGUGAGUAACUUUGUUCUACAGGCUCUCCAAGGAGAAGGUCUGACUGUUUAUGGCUCAGGCUCUCAAACAAGGUCUUUCCAGUAUGUGAGUGAUCUUGUGAAUGGAUUAGUGGCUUUGAUGAACAGUAAUGUCAGUAGUCCUGUUAAUGUGGGAAAUCCAGAAGAACACACUAUUCUGGAAUUUGCCAAGUUAAUUCGGAGCCUUGUUGGGAGCAGAAGUGAAAUCCUGUCACUCCCAGAAGCACAAGAUGAUCCCCAACGAAGAAAUCCAGAUAUUAAAAAAGCCAAGCAAUUGCUCGGAUGGGAGCCUGUGGUUCCCCUGGAAGAAGGCCUAAACAAAACAAUUGACUACUUCCGUAAAGAACUAGAAUAUCAGGAUAAUAAUCAAUAUAUCCCAAAACCCAAACCUGCUAAAACAAAGAAAGGCAGACUGAGACACAAUUAAUGCACUGGUGGAAAUUGAGCCAUCGACACCCCAGGGAAGAGAAAGAAAAUUUCGCAAUUCAAGAACCUCUGAAAAAUCAUUAAAACUGAACUGGAAUUUGUAGUUUGAGCUUGCUUCUGCAGAUGGAUGUGCCUAAAAAAACUUCGGAUCUUGCCUUGCACUUUUUAAUCUAUUUUAUUUAAAGUGGCAUUGCAUUGUUGGGUAGCUUUUUUUUUAAUGUACUUGGUUUAUUAUAUUUGUCUGAACUAUUUUUAAUUGGUGUGAAGGAUUUCCUCAUGGGUUAUUUCACAUGAACAUACCUGUUAAAAGUAGGUUUAUUUAUAAAAAGGGGUAUUUUAUUUUUUACCAUAAUUGUGUGCAAUGAUUUUCAACCAAACUAACAGUCUGUUCAGGUGACAUCAGAUUGUUGCUCUGGCAUCUAAGUGUUUCCUCACGCACAAAGGUUUGUUUGUUCAUUUUUAACAGUUGUAAAAAUGUACUAAUAUUGAGGAAUAUAUUUCUUUUUGUAAAAUAUGUAUGUUAUAUAAGAGUUUAAAAAUAAAGUAGUUGUCUCAAUCACUGCUACAUUGUGUGUGUUUGGAGGGAGAAGUGUGUGACUGGAUAAAUGUAUUUUAAGUGUUGAUUUAAUAAUGUUGUGGUAGGGUAUCAUAUUUAAACUAUUUUUACAUUGUGUAGCAUUGCAUAAAAAGGUUGUAAUUUGUAUGUCUUGUUUGGUGAUAUGUUUAUAGCUCUUAAAAGUUGUUAAAAUCAAAUAUGCCCAUUUACUUUAGCUGAAAGUUUCCCAUUUUAAAUGAAAAUUAAAAGCUCUUUGGUGAUUGUUGUCAUUCUUAUUUAAUUCUUCCCAAAUAAAAUGGGAAGGAAUGGCCUGGUCUAAGAUUUACAACAAAGUAGAUGUUGAGGACACCUUUCUAUGGAGCGCUCUACUUCCUUAAUUGGUUUAUAAUGUUAACAGUAGCUUGACUGAUCUACCUGAAGAUCCGUUUUUACACUGUGCCUUUCAUAUUCCUCGGGGCAAGUCUGUUUAUUCUAGUUCUUAUUGCCAGGGAAAGUGGUCUGAUGGAUUCUGAAUCAUCGGAGAAGCUGGAUUUGCUGAAUCGUGCUUAUAGGCACGUAUUUUGUAAACCGUACUUUUUGGUCGCCCUUGAUGUUCAGUUAUGCAGAACGCAUUCCCUCCUUUUUAUUUCAUAUCCCAAUCACAAUGGCAAUGUUCUAAAUGGAUAAAAGGAUUAGUUAUGCCAAAUCGUGUGUUGCGGCAUCCUUGAGAUUUUUGUGGCUGAAUCGUCUUUCACUCUGUACUGCUAUAAGAACAGGCAUCCAUUCAGCCACUCCAGCCUAUUCUAUUAUUUAAUUAGUGUAACUAAUCCAUGUCUGUCAUUGUUUCGCAUCCCUUGCAAACCCUGCACCUUUUUUAAAAAAUCUGUCAUUUUCAUUUCAUUUUGCCAUGGUCUUUCAAGAGUCAAACAUUUUGUGUUAAAAAUACCUCUUAUUUUCCCAUAUGGUUUGGCUCUAAUUUUCUGGAUUCUAGUUCCACCCCAAUCAGCAGAAUGAUUCAGUUAUACCUCCUGUACUGAUUUGCAUUGGUAUGUAAUGGACACAAAUUCAGCUAGUUCAUGGCAAAUAGUUUUGCAACUUCUUUAAACAUUCUGAACAAGCUUGUCCUUUCCUAUAUUAUAUUAAUUUAUAUUUCAUCUGCAACCUGUAUCUCCCAUCUAUACAACUAAUUGCACCUCCCAACUUAAGUUAUUUAAAUUGUGUUCCGGGAGAGGGAGGAUAUGAGACGCUCGGUGCUAGUCCUUUGAAACAUUUUUCCUUUCCAGAUCGUGACAGUAUGUUCUAAUUGUACUGUAUUUUUAUCCCAGAAUGAUUAUUGGCCCAUGUCACGGGAUUAUGUGUGAACCUUGCAAUCAAGUGUAUUAUUUUCCAAUGCCAUUUAUAGAUAGGAUUUCUGAAUAUCCAAAGCACAUCAUGUAUUCAGCUAAUCUGAAAUUUCCUCCAGGUUAGUCAGUAUGACAGGCUCUUCGUUAAUAUAUGCUAACUCAGUUAUAACUUGUAACACGGCUUAAUCUAUCUAAUAAAUGCGGUAUUCCCCCCCUCACACCCUGCACAAUUCAUGUAAAAACUGAUAAGCUUUUGUUUUCCAAGAGUAGGCUUUGGUUUUCUAAUCUAAAGGUGUGAUUCUUUAACCUGGGUAACCUUGGAAAAUAAUGACUAAGGUAGCUGCCGUUUUCAUGAGUGACAUAUUUAUAUGAGGAUGUAUAUCCUUGAGAUGAAUGUCCUUGACUGGACACGCCAAUAUGCCAUUUUGGUAAUUGAAAACUGUUCUGUAUGGCCAAGGUAUUUUGAAAAGACAGUAUCUGAAAAAUGUUCUCUCCUUGUACUGUUGUAAUAAUUUUUUUGUAUGUGUCAUUUAAAGUCUUUUCAAUGAGUAAAUAAGUCUAUUUUAUUCAUUUAUACUGUUUGUCCAAAUAAGUUAUUUCUAUUGUCAAAGUAUGGUUCAUGUUGCCCUAGGAUGAUCAUAAUAAUUCAAAGCUGAAAAAAGUAUCAUCAGAUUUCUGGGUAAGGUAUGUGCAGUUCGGUAAAACUGGUAAUUUGCCACUCUCAGGAUUUUAGUAGUGACAUGAGCAGAUUUGCUGAUACUUCUAUUAAUAAUCAAAACCAUGUUUACUUUGUGUUUUACAUGUUUCACAGUAGAAUAAUACAUUUUCUGAUGCACCCGGUGAAUUUUAAAGGUAGCCAGAAAUGUACAAGGGAUCUGGGUCCUGGAUCUAUUUCUCCAGAAUCGCCUCCAGUUCUUUUCCCCACCCCUCUGCCUUUCAGUCUGAAUAUGGAUCGCAACUCAAAAUGUCACUUUCCUUAGCCAACAAUUGGCCUACCAGGGAAAUCACCUUGCCUGAGGUAAUUUGUUGCUAGCCCUGAUAUGUCCUGGUCUUUUCUUGCUUCUAUUCUCUUCCUCCCACCACCCUCAUCUGUUUCCAUCUUUUCGUCUGUAAAAGGUUCCUGACCCAAGAUGUCAGCUAUCCUUUUUGUUCCUGAGAUGCUCUGACCCACUAAGCUACCCCAGCACUUUGUGUGUCUAUCUCUGGGUCCUGGCUCUGACUGCAAGCUCUGGAGUUGCAGCAGUAAGUGAGCCGGUUGCUGAACCAUCAAGAUUCAUGACUAUUAGGAUGCUGCAUUAUAUAGAUCUUUACUAUGCCUUUUUCUUGAUCAUGGUUCAUAGCAAUAGAAUCCUUGGAAGCAACUAUUUGCCUUGACAGGUUUUUGCUAUUGGUAAAUAAGGGUAACUUUUAGUGUGAAACGCUGCUGAACUAAGGGGAAAAAGACAACAGCUUGUUUCAGACAACAGCUUGUUUGACUUUUAUAUUUGGUUACAGUGUAUUAGUGUCCAAGUUGAAAUGUAUUGGUUUCAUCUCAAGAAGAGUGGGUCUAGGUUAACAAAGUGUAAUUUUCAUUCCAUUGUUCCUCAAACAAUGUGCCUUAACCCAUACUUUGAAAGCAUCAGUAUGAUUUCACCUACUUUCUUCUGAGAGAGCCUUUGAGUAAUAGUGGCAGAUGGAGAUCAUGCACAUGUGAAUGAACAUGCUAAAAGUAAAUUUAUGUGGGAUUAGUAAACCAAAGGAAAGAGCAAAUAUUUGCCUACAAUUGAACUCUAAUCCAAAAAUACAAGAUUGGUGUUUGUGGUCACUGAUUUGAAUCUCUAACAGAAUAUUAAGCGUCUUGCCAGUAUUUGAUGUGAAAUUGAUCUUUCAAGAUCCUUGUUUCAAUGAAUGUCUCAUCUAAAAUAAUAAUGUGGACAUUAUUGAUCUGAGGCAUAUACCUAUUCUCAUGCCUUCAUAUGAGAUGGAUGAUGGAAGGUUUAAAUUUUCUGUAAACGUUUGUUGCAGCGAUUAUAUUUCCAUUCUGUUUGGUUGUAAAAUAAAUUAUGGUGUUGAAAAAUGUG